UAAUAAAUAAUUAUUUAUAAGAAUUAAUUAAUAAUAUAAAUAAAUAUAUCUUUUAGGUUUUCGAGAAUUCAUUUCUAGCUGCAAGUGAAGAUGGUAGAAUAUAUAGAUAUAAUCAAGCAUCUAAUGGAAUAUUAAACAUUUAUAAAGGUCAUAAAGCAGCAGUUACUUGUUUAUAUGUAUAUAAUGCAAACAGUAUAGAUAUUAAUAAAGAAUGGAUGUUUUCCGGUUCAUUGGAUGGAACUUUACGAUGUUAUAAUAUAAUGACUGGAAUACAAAUAAGAGAUACAGCAGAUAUAAAUAGUCCAAUACAAUGUAUGGAUGAAGCAUGGGGAAUAAUUUUUAUUGGUACUAAAUCAGGUCAUGUAUCACGUUACCAUAUAAAGUCAGGUGUAAUUAAAGGAAAUAGCAUACAAUUCUCAGAUAAAUCUGUGUUAGCUUUAAAAGCAACUAAUGAGGGUCCACGACGAGUUCUUAUUGUAGCAUCGCGUAAUCAACCGAUAACAAUACGAGAUGCUCAGAACGGCCUAUUUCUUCGCACAAUUUGUGGUCAAAAAAGCCACACAGUAUAUAGUUUGAUGCGUGAUUAUAAUUUGAUUUAUUGUGGUACGAGUAGUACGUCUAUACCUGUAUUUGAUUUUACGAAUGGUGAACAAACAAUGCAAUAUAAUGCUGGUGUAGGAAUCGUAUGCAUGCGUUUAUAUAAACAAUUAUUAUUUGCUGGUUGUUAUGAUGGAAAUAUUUAUGUAUUUGAUACAAAGGAUCAUCGACUUAUAUGUAAUAUUCCUGGACCUGGUAAUAUGUUAUUAAGUAUGGAAGUCAUAGAUAAUAAGAUUAUAGCUGGUAGCAAAGAUAAACGUUUGCAAUCAUGGCAAAUGCCUCGACAAGUACUAUCUUUAUUAUUGAAUCAAAUUUGAACUGAUAGAUCCUAAUCUAGUCGUGCUCCUAGGAAAAAAUUUUAAAUUUGGAGUACAAUCUAUUUACAAUGACCGUCUAUAAAAUAUUUGUACAGAUUCAAAAUAUUUGAUCUGUAAUAUAUAUAAUUUUAUUUAAGAAACAAUGCACAUAAAUAAUAUAAAUAUGUUUGUACAGGAAAUUAGAUAAAUUAUUGAUAUUUCACGGUAAAAUACGAGUAUUUAUAGUAAAUUCAAAAAACUUAUUAGAGUCUUACUCUUUAUUCUAUUUUAACACUUCACAAUUCGCACUACUGGGAAUAAUAAAUUUCCUGUGCCUUGUGCGGAAUAUAAAUUACUUUUUUUUUAUAUUUUAUAUUCUUCAAUAAAAAAUACAAAAAACGUAAUUUUAAUU